AUGGCAACAAAAUCUGCAAACAUGUCACUUGCUGUUAUUAUCUUCUCAAUUAGUUUCUUGAUCUUUGCUCCCUCCCGGCUCGCCUUCUCGUCUGAAAACAAAUUAUAUCUUACAUCGCCUACUCCAUCCCCAUCUGCUGACCACUUUGAGCACGGAAACAGAAUUUUACCAGAACUCAAAAAGUUUGUGGCGAAAUGCGGAGAAAAUUUGUCGGGCCAUUGUGGUCAGGAAAUUAGGAAUGAUUUGCUUGAGAUUGAAGAUAUCUCAGGUUACUGCUGCAAACAACUAGUGAAGAUGGGAAAGGUUUGUCACAUGGGAAUGGUGAGAUUAGCUGCUACCACCUCAGUUAAUAAGGAAGAAUCAUCUGCUAUCAUUUCAAAUGGUUCACGGGUAUAUGAUAAAUGUGCUAUGCUCAUCAAUAUCAUAGCUUCGUCUCCUCACUAG